ACAAAACAAAAACAGGGAAGUUUAACGUGAGCUUUCCCAUAAAUUGCAAGCAAUAUAGUACAAUGUUCAGUUCUAAAAACUAGUUAUAACCUGUACACGGAAUAAUCUAUUCACGGAAAUUAAUAUUUCUUAUUCACAGCCCGUGACUAUGAAAGGUCUGGCCGUACAAGUGCUAGCUGCCAUUCUGCUCUUUGUCUCCCUCUCCUACUCUCAGGAACAAUGGGAGGGACAGAAAUUUCCUAAAUACGCCGUAGUGGACAAACACAUCAAUGUCAGAGAAAUUAUUCGAUUUGGGGGGAGAGAAGGUGAGGGACAGAAUGAUGUUGAGGAAUCUGAAGUCCCAGAGGAGGCUGGCUCCCGUGGGUUCUCUGCUUCUUCCAUGCUGACCAUGCUGUCCAAUGCUGCCAAAAUAAGGAAGGUUAAAAACAUGCUCCCCUUGUCAGGAAUCCAAUGGCUUAAAGACGACGACGACACCGGAAAAGCCAUCAAUUGUGGACCGGCUGGUUCACAUUUAAUCGUGACAUGGAAACCUCGAAUCAUCGACCCACAGAAAUCUGUGCGGAUUUCCUUUGACAUUGUGAAUCCUAUUGACUUUGACAAGGGUAAGGGUCAUGUGGAUGUGUACAUGGAAGACAGUCCUGACCCCAUUUUUUCAGUGGACCAAGACAUCGCCUGUCAGGAUCUUGCCAAACAGUUUCCCGUCCGUUGUCCAAUGAAGAAAGGAGAAAUUCACAAGGCUACAUUCACGUACUCGGAUCUGUCCAAACUACCAACGGGAAGCUACACCAUCGUGCUGAAGAUCUUUAGUUAUGCAUCCAACCCGCCACCAUUGUUCGGCUGUCUGAACAUGACCUUGAAGAUCGUGCCAUCGGCAAACAGAUUUGCUCACCCGUUUCCACAAGUUAUCGUUUAAAUCUUUUUAAGUUCCAUAUACAAAUCCUCUCUUGACUUUCACGAAAUUUCAUUUUUAACUUGAUGCCAAUAUUAGCACCAUUUCCUCGUUUGUGCAAUUAUGUCUCCGUCAAGUCAGUGUUUCUGUGAGUUUCCGUCUUAUUGUUUUCAACCAAAUUUCAGCGCACAAUUCAACAGUUCAACCCUGAAACAUUGUUUCCAGUAUCAGAGUGUGACAAAAAUUCCCGGGGGUAAGCGGUGGACGCGUCUUUAACUUAAGGUAUAUAGAAGAGCUGCACGGCCCCAGGACUCGAUCCUGACUUGUUUAUAUUCACUGUAUAUUCAUUGUAUAUUCAGUUGAAAAUUAUUGUACUCUGGACGUAUGUUUUCUAGCUUUCAAUGUAAAUUUUUAUGUGUAAUUUUGUAAGUGUUUACAAUGCUGUAUAAUCCACUUGAAACAAAGGCUCCAUUACUGUAUCAAACCAUUCUUCAAAAACUGUAUAUGAAUAAACUUUUGAUAUCUUAA